AUGGCUUCGCCAGCGCCGCAUGAGGGGCAGGAGCAGCAGGGUGGCCACCACCAGCAGAGGCUGCAGAAGGUGAUGGUGGCGGUGGAAGAGAGCGAGUGCAGCCGCCACGCGCUGGAGUGGGUGCUGCGGAACCUGGCGCCCACGCUGGCGCCGCCGCUACUGGUGCUCACCGUGCAGCCGCCCUUCCCCCUUGGAUAUGUCUCCGCCGCGUCCUUUGGCGCACCUCUGGGCACCGUUGCUCCGGUAGCGCCGGAGCUCAUGAAGUCGAUGCAGGAGCAGCAGAGGCAGCUCACGCAGGCGCUCCUCGACAAGGCCAGGGCCAUCUGCGCUGAGCAUGGGGUUGCUGUAGAGACAAUUGUUGAGGUAGGAGAUGCAAAAGAGGUGAUCUGUGAAGCAGCUGAGAAGAAAAAUGUUGAUCUGCUAGUUCUUGGAAGCCACAGUCGUGGGCCAAUACAAAGGUUGUUUCUUGGGAGCGUCAGCAACUACUGUGUACAUCAUUCUAAGCGUCCAGUUCUUGUUGUGAAGAACCAAGGCUGA